UGGACUCAUUUGUGUUCCACAGGUGCCACAGGGUAUGGCUCAAGAACCACAGGCGCUUCAGGUCGUCCCAGCGCCUGAUGUCGUCCCAGUGCCUGAGGUCGUCCCAGUGCCUGAGGAAAUCCUAGUGCCUGAGUUCUUCCUAGUGCCUGAUGUCGUCCCAGUGCCUGAGGUCGUCCCAGAACCUGAGGUCGUCCCAGAGCCUGAGGUCUUCCCAGAGCCUGAGGUCGUCCCAGAGCCUGAGGUCGUCCUAGAGCCUGAGGUCAUCCUAGUGCCUGGGGUGUUCCCAGUGCCACAGGCCAUCCCACCGCCUCCUCCGUUAGUGCGCCCGUGGCUAGAGCUGGCGCGCAUGCCCCGUCCUACCUACCGUCGUCAUAACUAUGUAAUGAGGGAACAAGAAAAUGCGCCGUCCAUUGAUUUGCUGACGCGCAUGUUAACAGAUAUCGUUACAAUGAUGGGAGCAGGAGAAACAGUUAUGGAUACUAUGGAUCGAAUAAAAGUAUUGCAAUCAUUCGAUCAGGCCUCUGCCAACCCCGCAGAUUCCCAGGUUGAUUAUCGAGAUAUACAUGAGAAUGGAAGUCCCACUGAGUGUUUUUGGGCAGCCAUUCGCGCGAUCCCUCUAGAUGCCAGCCGACUGGGCUCUAAGACAAUAGGGUAUCUCAUGGACUUGAUAUUGUACCCUGAACAAAUGGAGAUUUUUAAAAUGAUAGCAUUCCCUCCUUACGUUGACUUGACCGCUGGAGGAGACGAUGAUGAGUCUCCGCCAAGAGGAGCAUUCGGUUCAUCAGCAGAAGGGAAUAUGUUGCUGGAGCAAGAAAGCGAUGAUGAAUACGAAAUGCUGUUCAAUUAAUCAGAUUAUUACUCAUGUAUCACAGGUCUGCAAAAAACAUUUCUCAUAGCUGUUUAUUAUAUUGUCCAGUGUUUAUUAUUGAACAAAAAUACAAAAUUUAUCAUUUUCAAUUUCCAUCUAUAGAUUGUCAGGUGAUUUUUCAUACAGUUUUCGGCGAAACUAAUUGGCAGUCUAUUUUUGAGAGGUUGACUCAAAGUUACAUUAAUCAUCAUUGAUUGCAAAUAAGUUGUUGAAAACUUAAUGAAUUAUUUCUAACUGGAAUGGGGUGUUGGAAAAUAGUUUACCAAAAACCUUCAAUCACCUUUAAAAUCAGAAUAUGUUAUAAGCUGGUUCUCUCAGACAAUAAAAAAAUGAAUAUGUAGACUAAGUAAACUUCUCUCUCUCUCUCUCUCUCUGGUCGUACUGUAAUGGAAUACCAGAGAUUCUUAUUAUGUGUAUUAUGUGUAGAUCUGUAGCACAAAAAAUAGUGUUAAACCUAGUAGUUAUAGAUAUCUUGAAUUUGUUUCAAUGCAGACCUGUGUUUUCUAUAAUUGAAUGUUUGUAUUGCAUGCAAUAUCUGUUCUGUUCAAAAUCGAUGUUGUGAACGAAAUUCUUAGUUGUUGGAUGUUUGAUAUCUGUGAAAAUAUUCUCCAUAAUGGAACAUACAAAUAGAAAUUGUCAACCACUUUUAUUAUUAUACGAUGAUGAUAAUAUAAACUCGUAUAAUACUUAUACAAACAGAACCUGGUUUUGUUGCUUCACCAGCCACAUCUUCAGCUGUUUUUGUGGCAAUCUAUUUUUGUGUAUUUUAUUCUCAAUUUCAUGAUACUGUUAACGAAAAUUUCAUGUUAUCAAUAUUCCAAAUUAUUAGACCAAUAAUUCCAUUGUCAGGGAUUCCAUUCCCUAUAGUAGAACUGUAAGGAGAAUAUUAUUGGUUAUCGAAAUAUUUGGGAAGCGACAGAAAGAUUAUAUUUUCUUCAUGUUAAAAUAGUAUUCAAUAAAAUAUCUCUAACAAUAAAUGAUGGAUCAAAUCUUAAUAUUUUCAUACAGAUGUAUUAGUUUAUUUUAAAAUAACUAUUUUAUUGCUAUAUUGAGACGAGCUUAGAAAUUCUGGUGUUUUGCCAGUAUGUUACUUAUACCCAUUCGCCCAAAAUAUUUUUGUAUGACUUCUACGCCAAAAACUGGUUCAUUGAAGUAAAUUCAAAACAAAUUUAUAUAUGUGUAUUACUAAUGUGACGAAUUUCAGAUGUAUUUUCGUGUUCAAAAGGCUCAUACAUAGUAUGAGUACAUAUUCUGAAUACAAAAGCAGUACUUACGUAUUCUUGUACUAGAGAUGUUUUCUACUGUUUAAUAAACUUUGCAUAAAUGUCUGG